GGGGGGGCGGAGUGGUGGUUGGGGGUAAUUAAUUUACUCCAGUUUGAGGUAAACGGCGGUGCGAUGAGGGUCGACUGCCCCCUAAUGGCGGGUCUUCGGGAAGGAGCUGUGCCUGUCGAGCUUUCGGGCGUUCAGUCCUUGGCCCACAAUUACAAUAUUUCUACUGUUGAUGCAACGGAACGCUAGAUCACGGGGACUGUUGUGCAACAGCUGGAUCCCCCGUCGUGCCGAUCCAACCACGAACGAAGAAUGUGCUCCUUAUUAUUACCUAUUCGCACACAUGAAACGUUUUUUUUCGUUUUUUUUUUUUUUUUUAAAUCAAAUUUACGUCUCGUAGCCCCGGCACAUCGAUGAAAUCUGUACAUCGCCACUGGCUUUAUUCUUUGCGUGUCAAUGCUUUUGUUUUUCUAAACAUACAUGAUCAUCUGCAAAAUUUGCUGACGCGCAAUAUAAAGGCGGUCGAUUACACUGGAUGAUAAUUUACAGCAAUCUUUAGCACCCCUUCCUUCGCCGGGGGGUCUUUACAUUCCUCCGUGGGAUGGUUCCACUUAUUAUAUGUGCUCAGCGAGGUCUCCGUGGAGGAGCCCGAGGUGUGUAUGUGUGUGCGCGCGCGCGCGCGCGAACCACGGUACAACAAAGUACUUGUAGGCUCGUCCAGGCGCUGCGCCCCACUCUGCUGCGCUGAGGGUCUUGCAGCUCUGAUCUGCUCUCCUCUCCUCUCGGGUUCGGAUCUCACCCUUCGCUGCAGCUGCAGGGUCCGCUCCUCCAGCUGUCUUCGCACUCCACUGAAGCAUGGCCAGCAGCGCUCUCGAACCCGGGUCCGCCGCGAACCCGCACAAGUUCAGGAACCAGGACUACGAGUCCCUGCGGGACGGCUGCGUGAAGUCGGGCUCCCUCUUCAGCGACCCGCACUUCCCGGCGGACCAGCGCUCCAUCGGCAUGGCCCCAGACGCGGACCCCAAGAACGCCAUCAGGUGGCUGCGACCUAAGGAGAUCAGCAAAGAUGCGGUAUUCAUCGAGGGCACCACGGGCACAACAGACAUCUGCCAAGGCCAGCUGGGUGACUGCUGGCUACUGGCUGCCCUGUCCAGCCUAACUCUGCACCCCACCCUCUUUGCCAAGGUGGUUCCAAGUGACCAAAGCUUGACUGAGUCCUAUGCCGGUAUCUUCCACUUCAGGUUCUGGCAGUACGGGGAUUGGGUGGAGGUGGUGGUUGAUGACUUCCUUCCUGUGCGCAAUGGCCGCCUGCUCUUUAGCCACUCCCGGACCCUCAACGAGUUCUGGAGCGCCCUGGUGGAGAAGGCCUAUGCUAAGAUGGCUGGGUCCUAUAGCAGCCUGAAGGGGGGCAACAUUUCUGAGGGAAUGGAGGACUUCACAGGGGGCAUUGCACGUUCACUCAAAAUUUCAUCCCGGACACCCCUAGCGUUGUGGAAGCUCAUCACUGCCUCUCUGUCUCGUGGCACUCUGCUGAGCUGCUUCAUACAGGUGGCGAAUGUUCGUGAGAUCGGGACAGUGACCCCACAGGGCCUGGUCAAGGGCCACGCCUAUGCCAUCACACACAGUGAUAAGGUUUAUAAUAAGUCAGGUGAGGUGUUUCUGCUGAAGCUCAGGAACCCCUGGGGAUUUGUGGAGUACUGUGGGCCCUGGAGUGACAAGUGCAAGAACUGGGAUGAAGUGGACAGCGCCGAAAAGAAGCGGCUUGAACUCAUCAAAGUAGAGGAUGGGGAGUUCUGGAUCAGCACAGAGGACUUCAGCACUCUCUUCCACACAGUGGAACUGUGCAGCGUGAACCCGGACUCCCUCGCCGUGGACGAGGAGGGACAAUACUCUUCCCCUUCUUCCUGGACCAUCACCUCGUACCAGGGCGCCUGGGUGCCGGGCUGCUCUGCGGGGGGAAGCUCCAAAUACGAGCGCUCAUUCUGGAAAAACCCACAGUUUAGACUCACCAUCUCGGAGCUGGACGACUACGAGGAUGAAGAUGAGUACUCCGCCGACGAAGAGGACGGCAAGACAGACGCACUGACGCUGGCUCCCACCACCAAGCUCAAGGAUAAAGCGACCGCAAAGCCGAAGGAGAAAGUUAUGAAGUGCACCAUGGUAGCAGAGGUGCUGCAGAAGUACAGGAGACAGAAGGACAAGACAAACUUCCUCCAAAUCGCUUUCCACAUUUACAUGAUCCCCCCAGAGCUUGCAGGUGAAUCGAAACCCCUGGGCCAGAAGUUCUUCUCCUCCAGGCUCCCAGUGGCCCGCUCUGGGAAGUAUCAGGCCCUGCGUGGGAUCCGGCGGAAGGUCCGCCUCAACCCCGGCACUUAUGUGGUUGUCGUCUCCACCUGCCAGCCUAACCAGCAGGGGGACUUCUUCCUACGGUUGUUUUCCAAGACCGGGAACACACUGAGAGACCCAGACUUUACCUGCACCUCCAGCUUUGCCACAGUGGUGCAAUCAAACCCUCCCGCUCAUGAAGAUUAUGCUAGAGUUCAGGAGCUGUUCAACCAGGAGGCAGGAGCGGAUGAACGACUGGACGCGGUUGAGCUGAUGAAACUGCUGAACACAGUCCUGGAAAAGGAAUACCACCUCCCCUUGGAAACCUGUCGACAGCUCAUCUUUGCAGAGGACACCGGAGGGAGGAGUAGGCUGACUCUUCCACAGACAGUGCAGCUCCUGUCAAGUCUGCGCAAGCUGCAGUCCAUCUUCAUCAAGUACGAUGAGGACUCAUCUGGAACAAUGAGCCCUUUUGACCUGAGUCUCGGUCUGCAAGCUGCUGGUCUGGAGUGCGACAAGCCGGUUCUCCAGCUGCUUUGGGAACGGGUCGGCGCAGGUCUGAGCCAGCUGCCCUUCCACGGCUUUAUCUCGUGCGUCGUCAAGCUACGCGUGCUCUUCGCCCUGUAUGAGUCAGAGAGCAGUGAGGAGGUGAAGAAGCGUGGCAUCAAUGCGUGGUUGCUGAAACUGCUGGCAGUGUGAGCUGGGACAGACCCUGGCAGUGGCGCAGACAUCAGGGUGAACACGGAAUCGCCCACAAUCACAGGGCUGCCAGCACUAUGCUUCACUUUCCUGCUCUGCUCCUCGCUAGUUCCAAAGCAGCACCCUCUUCGAAUGACCCCCUGUGCCUAGGGCUUUUCAAGCAUUGUUGUUAAUCAUAUGCAAUCAGUGCUCUCAUGGUAAAUGGAAAUCCUAUAGUGCCUUCAGUAAAGCAUCUGGCGUUCUUAAGGAUGUGCAUGACUAUCUUCCAUUCACAUGCAAUAAAUUAGUUCCCUUAUUUGAGGUAUGGCAUAUACGGUUUUUUUUUUUUUGCUUUAUUUUCCUUACCAGUACAGGAGCAUUUAAAUCGUAAUAUUUCAGGGUAAUCCUUCCCUAUACACUGUCUCAUGCACAGACCGCUCAUCUUAUAUCAGCAUCUUCGAACACCUUUUGAAAUAA